AUGUUGCCCGUUUCACGACCCGACGGUCAUAUGAACCUCAACUACAUACCAACCACUCAGUCGAUGUCAGGUCGCAGCUCUCCCAGUGAUCUGUCUUCGUCCGCCGCGGUCAAGUCGCCGUUUGGACCCUCAAAUGGUCUAAACAACGCGGCGGGGUCAAUCGGAAGUGCGCGGUUAGGGGCUGGAUCCCCUUCUCAUGAUCUCGGCACUCGGCUGUACUCCAAGCGAGCACGAGAAAUUCAGGCCGAGGAAGGCAUUUCCCCCAACAUUUGGGGCCCGCCAACCAGUGGCCACUCCACACCGCUGCGUGAAAAUAUUCCCGAGUCUCCGAGUCAAGAUGGGUUCCCCGACCUGAUCCCAGCUUCGAGUGGCAGUCUCCAUAGCACUUCUCGGAGAGCUCGAGCUGGCACUGUCCCUUCGCGGUUUUCGCCCGUCGGUAGCCUCCUUAGUGAUCUGAACGCCCAGCCGUCCAUCUCUCAAAGCUCUCGACCUACGCCCUCGACGAGUCCCUUCCGCCCUGCCGGGGUGUCCGGAAUCGACACUGGUGCGAAUCCUGCUCCGGCUACUGGUGGAAGCGGCACAGGUGGUGUUUCUCGCCUGCGAGCUGGCUCAAUGCCUCAGAGAUCAAACUACUUGGGGGGCUCUAGCCCAUUCGGCCCUUCGUUGUUUUCGACCAACUGGUCCACCGGACGCGAGCGGGCUAGUACUCUCGCGAGCAUCCGGUCCUCGGAGGGACCAGCUUCGCCCAGUCAGUCAUCCUUCUCACGGGAUGGACUCGCAGACACCGAUGUAAAAACGCUGGAUUACCUGGGACUCGCAGAAACGCCACAACAAGCACGGGCCACUCUUGUACGACCGUCUGUUGAUGUGCUACUCCAGCAACAGCAGCAGCAGCAGCAACAACAGCAGCAGCAGGCGUCUGCAUUACCUCCUAUGCUGGCUGAAUUAGCUAUGAUGAAGAAUAACAACCGUUUUAGAUCAUACUCGGUAAAUGCCAAGGAGAAAUACGCAGACGACGAGGAUCUCGAAUAUGAGAACCGCUAUUCGCAGGCUCCGUCGGGCACUGCGACCCCUUCUGCAGCAGCCACGGCUGCUCAGUUGGCUGCCACCCAGGCCCAAAUCCACCAGCACAACCUUGCCGUUCAAGCCUUUGCCAACCAUGCUGCUGGUCAGGCUGUCAACCGGCCUCGUGCCAGGACCGCUGGUAUCUUGGAGACCCCACCCCAGCGAUCUUCUAUCCGCAACUACCUUGCCACGCCUUCGCGACUUGACAAUAGCUUCAGCGCCGCUGACCUGCACAUUCCAGAGCACGGUGAAUAUGAUGAACUGACCGAAGCGGUGCAGAUGAUGCAGCUCGCUGGAGGCAAUGGCGCAAACUUGGCUGUCAGGCCAACUGCUGAAACGGCGGAUGAGAACAACCAGGAUGGCCCGACGCGCGCCUUGUGGAUCGGUAGCAUCCCCGUCUCCACCACUGUCACGUCUCUGGAGGCUAUCUUCGGCAUCUAUGGCAAGAUUGAGUCGACCCGUGUGUUGACUCACAAGAACUGCGGCUUCGUCAACUUUGAGCGCAUUGAGAGUGCUGUCCAGGCUAAGUCAUUGCUCAACGGAAAGGAAAUCUUCCCGGGUGCAGGUCCUGUCCGGAUUGGCUACGCUAAGGUUCCCGGAACCUCUGCGUCUGGCACACCGGGCGCUAAUGGCAUUCAGUCCUCCCCUACUCCUGAUCCGAACUUCAAGUCGAAUGUUGUUGGUGAUGGAGACAGGAGUGAGCUUCUCGUUCCUCAGAUCCCGCCCCUUCCUGAGUUGCAGCCGGAGAUGGCGCAGAUUGUCAAGGAAUUCGGUGCCACUGACGAGGAUUCGGUCAACAUCUCGGCUAGUAUUCAGAAAGCAAUUGCCUUCCAGGCCUUCGAGGAUGAGAUCGCUACUAUCCCCGAACCGAGCCAGACCCGGAUGUUCGACGCGCCCCGUCUUCGGGACAUUCGCAAGCGUAUCGACAACGGAGCGUGCUCCAUCCAGGAGAUCGAAGACACCGCUAAUGCGAUGCUUCCCGAAAUCGCAGAAUUGUCUUCUGACUACCUGGGUAACACGGUCGUCCAGAAACUCUUCGAAUACUGCUCUGAGCCCACAAAGGAGCGGAUGCUGGGCCCUAUUGCGCCCCAUAUUGCUGAGAUUGGUGUUCACAAGAAUGGUACCUGGGCUGCACAGAAGAUCAUCGACGUUACCAAGACUCCAUCUCAGAUGCAGAUGAUUGUCGAGGCUCUCCGUCCGUACACUGUUCCUCUCUUCUUGGACCAGUACGGAAACUACGUCCUCCAGUGCUGCUUGCGCUUCGGUGCUCCCUACAAUGAUUUCAUCUUCGAGACCAUGCUGAGCCGCAUGUGGGAGGUUGCCCAGGGACGGUUCGGUGCUCGUGCCAUGCGUGCUUGUCUUGAAAGCCACCACGCUACCAAGGAUCAGCAGCGCAUGCUUGCGGCUGCUAUUGCUCUCCACAGCGUGCAGCUUGCGACCAACGCUAACGGCGCUCUGCUGCUUACAUGGUUCUUGGACACCUGCACUUUCCCUCGCCGUCGCACUGUGCUCGCGCCCAGACUUGUGCCUCACCUCGUCCACCUUUGCACUCACAAGGUUGCGUACUUGACUGUUCUGAAGGUCAUAAACCAGCGCAACGAACCUGAGGCACGCGAGAUAGUCUUGAAGGCUUUGUUCUUUAGUCCCGGAGAUGAAAUUCUCGAAAGGAUCCUGAGCGACCAGACGUCUGGGGCCACUUUGAUCUUCAAGGUCUUGACUACGCCUUUCUUUGACGAGUCGAUGCGUACUGAGGUUGUUAAGAACGUGUCUAAGGUCUUGACGAAGUUGAAGGCCACUCCAAGUCAGGGCUACAAGCGCCUGAUGGACGAGGUUGGCCUUUCCUCCCGCGGAGGCUCGCGGGACCACCACCGGGAUAACUCUGGCGCGGAGAAGCAACAGCACCGUCCGGGUUCUCGGCAAACCAACCCGAACUUCCCUCAGCCGGGCAUGGACAGACAGUUUAAUGGACAGUUCCCGCCUAUGCUCGCUCAGAACCUGGAUGGCGCCAGACCUACUGACCAACAGCCACCAUUUGACCCCUAUACGCUUAAUAGCCUUGGCUCUGCCGGUGGCGUCAACCCAUUGAACGGCCUUGGUGCACCUAAUGGUGGUGGCUUUGGUCAAGACCCUAUGGCUCCUCUGGCCCAGCAACAGUUGCAAUACCAAGCCUACCUGGCCGCACAGUCUCGGGGCGUUUCUCCCGCUGGUAUUUACCCGCCAAUGGGCAACUCCAACUUUGGAUACCCUUCUGUGGAUAACAUGCGCCCACUGCAAACGCAGCCGCCGCCUUCCCAGAUGAACUCGCUCAACCAGCAGGCCUAUGCCCCUCAGCAGUUCAGCCCUGUUCUCGGCUCCGCACAAAUGUACCAGUAUCCUCCGCAGUUCUAUUCCCCUCCUCAGCCGGUACAGGGCCAGCAGGCUGCUGGAGGACGACGUGGACGACGUUAA